CCUCGCAUUCUGUACUCAGUUUUACUCGGACGAACCCUAGGAUGAACAGGAUAGAAAGAUCCAAUCCCCUUUGCCCCACUCGACACCAGGAUUCAAAGAUGCUCUCGACUUUGAUAUAGAAAAGUAGCUCUCAGCCCCCCGCAUAUUUUAAUGGCUCCCUGCCGCGGUUUGUUGGGCUCCGUCGCUUCCACCAGUCAGCAUCGCAUCCAUCCUCCUCCCCCCUAUUUAAUCAAACGGAGCAGAGUCCAUUUUUGCUCGGCCUUCUUGAUCACACAGCUAACUAGAUCGAGCGAAGUCAACGGAUCUCGCGCAUAGUUCUCAAAGGUCUUCCAGGCCGGUGUUUCCGGAAGCUCCAGCUCUGCUGGUCACCUGUGGGGCGAUUAACCAUUGUUCAGAUUUAAAGUUUUCCUGGUUGGUGUUUCCGGAAGCUCCAGCUCUGUUGGUCACCUUUGGAGCCACCAACCAUUCUUCAGAUUUAAAAAAUGGCUGAUCAAGCAAGUGAACUUGAAGCCCUGGAGCUCAUAUUGACAGAUGCAAAUGCAGAGCCUACCAAGCUAUCAUAUGCACUUAUAAAGUCAAUUACAACAAAUUUCUCUCAAGAGAUUGGUCUUGGUGGUUUUGGAGUCGUUUACCUGGGAGUUCUUCGGAAUGAGAAAGUUGCUGUCAAGAAACUUUUUAUAGAGCAGGAUUUUUCUGAUGAGCUAUUUGUGGAUGAGGUUAACUGUUUAGUAAGGGCAAAACACAAUAAUAUAGUAAGAUUCUUAGACUAUUGUGCGGAUACACAAGGGGAAUUGGUAAAAUUUGAUGGAAGACAUGUUAUGGCAGAGCUACGACAAAGGUUGCUCUGCUUUGAGUAUGUUCCUAAUGGAAACCUUCACGAUUACAUUAAAGGGAUAUCUCAUGGAGAUGAAUGGCAAAUACGCUAUAAAAUGAUUAAGGGAAUUUGUCAUGGAUUGCAAUAUCUUCAUAAAGAACGUAUCACCCAUUUGGAUUUGAAACCAGACAAUGUUCUGCUCGACGCUUACAUGGAACCGAAAAUUACAGACUUCGGUUUGUCAAGAUUAUUUGAUGAAGGACAAUCUAGAGUGUUUACUAAAAACGUUCCUGGAACACGGGGAUAUAUUGCACCAGAGGUCAUAGACAAAGGAGAAAUAUCGUUCAAGUCAGACAUAUUUGCUUUGGGAAUUGUAGUCUCAAAGCUAUUAGUGGGGCAGAACAAUUAUGACAUUGAAAAUUGGCAUGAAUCAUUAGAUGUGGACUGCACACAAGCGAAGAGCUGCAUCCAAAUAGCUCAAUCUUGUAUGGAAGCUGACCAACAUAAGCGACCUACAGCAGAGGAAAUAAUCAAGAAACUGAAUGAGAUGGAGAGCCUAGGGUCUUCCAUAUACAGGACAAACUCAUCCGACUCAGAGAACCUGAUUCAGGUAGAGCCUCUUGAACUCCAUUUCCACUUGGAGCCAAACACGCACAUAUCAGUGACACAAAAACUAAAGCUAGCCAAUAUUACUGAUGACUACGUUGCUUUCAAUGCAAUGGAAUGGUCCAGCAUGGCGAAGUAUGGAUUCUCUUGGUCAGGGCCAAGCAGAGGAAUCCUGUUACCAUGGUCCACGCAUGAACUUGGGCUAAUAAGGGAAGCACAUGAGAUGUCACCACUGUCUGUGCAGUGCAAUGACGUGCUCAUUGUGCGGAGCACCGUGGUGAGCGAGGGUUUCAAGACCCGCUACAUAGCUCUGGACAUGUUCAAAACACACACGGGUAGAAAAGUGCAUGAGGUGAAAUUGGGCAUUCUUGUUGUACCAUCCCUAGCAGAGUCCUCAGCAUGUACAGCACAUACUCUAUCAAUGUCUCCAACAGAAAACCAGGAUCUCAAAAAGGCCAAAGAGGAGCUUCAUAGGCUGGGUUUAAGUGCACAUGAGAGACCACAUGACACAAAUGCUCAGCUGAGUUCCCUAACUAAGGCUAAUUAGGACUCUUCUUUGUAUUCCUUUUGUUUAAGAUUACUACCUUAUCUCCUCUCUUUUAAUUGUAUAUAUUUGGCAUAAGUCCCAUGAAAUACACUAUCAAGUUGCUCUCAUCAUAACAUUAAUCAUAUUUAGCAAUGGGACCCCCACAAACUGACAGGUUUAAUCAUAUCCGAAUCAUGAUUUUGGCUAUAAAAUCUGGUUCAGCUUUAUCAUUUGUAACAAAUACGUGUUACAUAUAUUUUUACCUUUCUGUUGCCAAAGCAGACAACGUUAGCUAGCCAGUAUUGCAUAAAACUAAAUAUCCCUGUGAAGCUGAACACACUGUUAAUGCUUAGUGCUUAAUUUUUGUUGACUGUUAAAUGCAUUGGCCUUCCAUUAACUUCAGAUGAGCCAAGAAACUGCAAGAUCCACCGAGCACCUUGCCAUCCACCCCCUGGAGCUUCGAUUCCUUUUUGAGCAAAACAACUUGAUCACGUGCGCACUUUACCUAAGGAACAACACAGAUCACCGCUUUGCCUUUAGACUCGUAUCAGGGAGCCCAGAUAGGUAUUUUGACAAGGGGCUCUACGGCAACAUUCCACCGAAGUCAACCUACACCCUCUUUGUAAGAAUGAGGGGCUGGCAGCAGCCAGCGCCGCACAAGGAUGAGUUUGUGAUUCAGAGCAGCGUAAUGAGCGAUCAAGAGCUGAAGGAUAUCGGACAAGUAAGAGCCGAUAUCGACUACUGUAAUUUUUUUUCUGAUGUAAAAGAGAAGAACGUUCAUUCGGUGCAUGAGGUGACGCUCCAAGCUGUUUUUGAACUGCAAAGAGAGAUAAUAAAUGUUAAGAUCAUACCCAUGGAGAAGUUCACUAAAAUAUUCUCUAUGGAUGUGCAUCCAACAAAGCCGUGCCGCAGGAAUUGGUUCAUGAGCAAAAAGGCUUGCCAUUUUUGACAGCUAGUUUCAUUGAAAGGGAGCAGUGGAUUGUGGCUGGAACCGCCGGAGAUCGUAAAGGUUGGAUCUAUGUGUACAAUUAUGAUACAUGGGAGGAAGUCAAGAAUCUGAAGGCUCAUAAUGCAUCAAUCACUUCUUUGGCUGUUCACCCAACUAAGACUUACGUAUUGUCAGCAUCCCAUGACUACGAUAUUGAGCUGUGGGACUGGAAAAAGGGCCGGAAAUCUGCUCAGACAUUUAAGGGACACAAAGGUUCUGUGUACCAAAUAGCAUUUAAUACCAAAGAUGCAACUAUUUUUGCUAGUGUUUCCCAGGACAAGACUAUUAAGAUUUGGAGUCUUGAUUCUCCCCGUUCUAACCUCACGUUGGCUGGCCAUACAUCCAAAGUGAGAUGUUUGGAUUACUUUUCUCGUGGUGAUAAGCAAUUUUUAAUUACAGGAUCUGAUGAUAAGACUGCCAAGAUUUGGGAUUUGCAGACAAAUAGUUGUAUUAAAACACUUGAAGGGCACACAAGUAGAGUCAGUACCGUCUGUUCCCAUCCUAUGCUUCCAAAAGUAAUGACAGGUUCGUGGGACGGAACUGUUCGUCUUUGGAACUCAACUACCUUCAUGCUCGAGGGGAUACUUAACUUCAGCCUCUAUGAAGUUCAUGCAUUGCGAUGUAGUAUUACGGAAGACUUGAGAAGGGUUAUGAUCGGGCAUAAGGAUGGAUUGGUAAUUAUGGAGGUUGACCAUGAAGGAAAUUUCGUUGUCGCGGGCAGCAGGGGAAAUACCAUUUGAUAUGUUCUCCUCCGUCCGGAAAUACUUGUCCUAGAUCUAUAACUAAAAUAAGUCUAGAUACAAUCAUUUCUAGGACAAGUAUUUCCGGACGGAGGGAGUAUUAACUGCCCGCAACUGACCAAGUUUUCAGUGUAUUUACCACACAUGUACAUGUAUGUAUAUCGGUCUAUGGCCUCAUGGAUAUGUUGUAUAUUUCUCAAAAGAAAAGUUGUACAUUCCUCAA